AUGGUAGGUCCCCCGUUCGACUCCCCGCCGGGGCGGUCGGGGCACACCUUGAAGAGGACGCUCACAAGGUCCCCCGCCGCCUAUCCAAUCCCCUGGGCGCCCGCCGCCCCAACCCGACCCCCCUCGCCCCCCAGGGCGCCCGCCGGGCGCACCUUUCCGGAGUAA